AUGAUUGGAGGAAAAACAGGCCACAAGGGUUUCCAAGCUCGCGAAAUCGCCGCUGAUGUUCUCGUCAACGCUCUUGCUAAGCACUACCAGGAUACACAGGUUAUCCGUAACCCAGAAUGGGCUGAUCUUGUCAAGACAGCUUCCCUCAAGCAAUUAGCCCCAGCUAACAACAACUGGUGGUACAUCCGUGCUGCUGCCGUCACUCGCCAGAUCUACUUACACCACGAUGCCUCUCUCUCUGGCCUCGCCUUCCAUUAUGGCGCUAACAUGAAGGCUGUCACAAUGCCAAAGCACCACCACGAAGCCUCCCGCAAGGUUAUCCGUACAAUCCUUCAGCAGCUCGAAAAGGCUGGCUUAGUCCGCGUUGCUGAGAAGGGACGUCAAUUAACACCAAAGGGACAGAAGCUUCUUGACCAAAUCGCUAAUGGCUGUGGCAAAAAGCUCUAA